UUCAGCAAUCAUCAGAUGGCUCUGCAAGCUCUCAACUCGCCAACAGCCGCCGGACCCUCUCCUUUCCCAUUUGAGAACGAGGCCUCCAGCCUCGGCUAUGCCGAGCCGUGGACCAAACGCAAGCGUUCCAAGCGUCCACGCCUCGACACCCCUCACUCCGAGGAGGAGUAUCUUGCUAUCUGCCUCAUCAUGCUUGCCCGCGGAAACAGAGGUGGAGACCUCGCCUCUACUACCGCCACCGCCGCCACAGACACUAAAGAAACAAACUCCGCCGCCUCACACCAGAUCAUCACUCAAUCCCCCUCUAUGGAGCCCUCCACGUCAGCAGCGCCGCCGGUUAAGCUGAGCUACAAGUGCUCUGUUUGCGACAAGGUCUUCUCUUCUUACCAGGCGCUCGGAGGCCACAAGGCCAGCCACCGGAAAGGCUCUGCAGCCGGAUCGGCCAUCGAAGGCCCGUCCACGUCAUCAACCACAACAACCUCUGCCGCCGCCGCCACCGCCACAGCUUCCGGUAGGUCCCACGAGUGCUCCAUCUGCCACAAGUCUUUCCCCACGGGUCAAGCCUUGGGCGGCCACAAGCGCUGCCACUACGAUGGGGGCGCCGCCGGAUCCACAGCCACCACCACCGCUACCACGAGCGUUAUAACUUCCUCUGAGGGAGUCGGGUCAACUUCUCACGCGGUCAGCCACGGCCACCCGCGAGAGACGUUUGACCUGAACCUGCCGGCGUUGCCCGAGUUCUCCCGCGACUUCUUCGUCUCCGGCGAGGACGAAGUGGAGAGCCCCCACCCGACGAAGAAACCCAGGCUUCUACUGAUGAUGAAGCCCAAAAUCGAGAUUUCACAGGACCAACAAAAUUAGGACGACGAUUCCGGUCGACUCUGCGAAUCAGCUUCUGUAGACAUUAAAUUAGGAAUUAAAUAUUGGAAUUAAUAUCCGGCGUGUAAUUUCAGUUUUUUCUUUGAUUUGUUUUACGGGUUUGGAUUAUUUUGUUAUUGUAUAAACAUGCUGUUGAAGUAAUUGGAAUAUUCAAUUAAUUCUUUUUCCAAAAUUAA